CCCCGCACCAACCUCCUCCGUCGUCCUCUCCCCCGAAUCAGCUGGUCUCUAGCUUCGAUCGGCACUGCCCCGAGAGGUAAUUGCAUCGAAUUACUCCUCCACUUGAUCAGGUCCAACAUUACAAGCUCGAUCGAUACAACAGCUAGGAAUUUCACGUGUGCACUUGUUCGUACCAAGUUGUGUGAAAAUUUUUCACGUUUGUGACAUUUUCCGUCCGUUUGUUCGCGGCGGAAGUCAAUUGGUGUCCGUCGGCAAUGCAGGAAGCGCUUGUCUCCCCGGUGCGCUCGGCAUUGGAGCUCAAGCCGUUCAACUUCGGAGACCAGCGGCUCGCGUCCUCGCCGCGCUACCUCCCCAGCGGCGACGACGCCCUGUACCGCUGCUCCUCCCCCUUCAGCCCCAGCUUCGGGUUCUCCUCGCCGUCGCCGCUAGCCACCUCCGUCUCGCUCUCGCCGUCCUCCUCCGCCUCCCUCGUCGAUGACGGCGACGACGGAGGAGCGGCCGCCGACGCCACGGGGCAGCGGCUCCAGCUCGCGCGCCUCGCGCUGCAGUACCAGGAGGUGGCCGACCGCUACGAGCUUUGCCUCUCCCACCUCGCCGAGGCCGCCGAAGAGGCGGCGGCGCUCCGUCUUGAGAACGCCGAGCUCCGCGUCACCAACAGCGACCUCGCCCUCCGUCUCGCGCUGCUCAGCGGGAAGCAUACCGCCGCCGUCGCCGUCGCCGACGAGAUCCGUCGGCUCCGCCUCGGCGAGCAGAAGGUCGCGGCCGCCACCAAGGAGCGCACGCCCGAGAAGCUCGCCGUGCUGCCGAAGAGCAUCUCCGUGCGGUCCACAAGCUACCUCAAGCUGAACCAGCAAUCCCAGGCCGCCACCGCCACUUCGGCGGCCCCCAACCGCAAGCCCCGCACGUCGUCGAACCCAACCAACCCCCCGAACUCGCGCGCGUACGACGGCGGCAAGAAAGGCGACGAGCAGAAGGCGCAACCCGCGGACAGCGGCGCGGAGCUGGAGGUGUACAACCAGGGCAUGUUCAAGACGGAGCUGUGCAACAAGUGGGAGGAGACGGGAGACUGCCCCUACGGCGACCAGUGCCAGUUCGCGCACGGCGUCACCGAGCUCCGCCCCGUCAUCCGCCACCCUCGCUACAAGACCGCGGUGUGCCGCAUGGUGCUCGCCGGCGACGUCUGCCCCUACGGCCACCGUUGCCACUUCCGCCACUCGCUCACCCCCGCCGAACGCCUCCUCCUCCGAUCCUAGCUAAAUUAAGGCAGUGCGCGGCCAGUCUUUUGCACCACCUGGAUGGUUUAUUGCUUUCGCAUGUAUACUAUAUACGAUUAUACACACGAAAAUGUACAAAAAUACGAACAUCGUAAAUAACACAUAAGAGGUACGUACAGGGUACAGGAAGCCAUAUGGUAGAGCUAGUAGCACCGAUAUUGUAAUGUGAAUAUCCACAAACAGGAUUAGUGUUUUCGUCAGCUCGAUCGGGUUCAGGGACUUCAGAUUCGUCAGUUUGUUCAUAUUCUGUUCAGAAGACGUGGUACUAUAAGGCCCGUAAGGACGUGGAUUCGCAAGUACUACUUCAAAAGUGCAGGUGUGAAAUCCCCAGAAAGAAAUGUGGCUGACGACUGUCAUUUUGUUGGUGUCAUGAGGCUUUUUAUUAAUGGUAUAUAGAGGCUCUUUGAUAGUUUGAUUUCUUCAUACUCGACCCAUUGCUGUUACUGCAAUUUUCCGUUGAAAUGAACAGUGAUUUUUGCGGUA